CUCAUAUUUGGUGUCAAAUGCUGAUACUAUGUGGGAAUGCAUAAAGUCCGUCCCUCCAGACGGCCGUCUUUCUCUCUGAUGGAAAGACAUCAGUGAACAUGCUGCUGCUCCGUCUGUAUGCCUUUACCUGUGCCGCUGUCAUCACAGCUGGUACCAUGGAGACAGUGGUGGGCAUGGCCGGGAGGAGAGUGGCAUUGCCGUGCCGUGUGGAGGCGGCAAAGCAGAACGGCGUGCAUGUGUGUUGGGGGAGAGGUGAGCCGUCGCUGUUCUCCUGCCACAACAUGCUGGUCAACAUGGCGGGCCAGCAGGUGGCAUACAAGAGCUCAUACAGGUACUCCGUAUCAUCGGUGUCUUUGAGCGCCGUCCCCUAUCUCUCCAUCUUUAACGUGCGGCCUUCAGACUCCGGUUACUAUCACUGCAGGGUCCAGCUGCCGGGACUCUUCAAUGACAAAACAUUCACCAUCCUCCUCAUCGUCAUUAAACCGUCCGGCAACCUGAACGCACCGCAGACAACAAAAAGAAGCGAUGUCACGGAGGGCGUGACCCAGCAGACAGGAUGUGACAUCACAAGAGAAGAUACAACCGGACCCCUUGUUGCACGAGUUCGGUCGCCUGUCCAACAGAACAACGUCAACAAUCUGAAAAUGUUCCUCGGACACACACUCCGCGUCGCCUUCAUCAUCUUCAUACCUGCGGUCAUACUGACUGCUGCUUACAGUCAGCACACACACACUUACAGUCCUGUAUACUUGUGUUCCACCGCUUUUCAGGGUUUGUUUUACAUCCACAGGAAUCUGGAGGUCCAAUCAGAAACUUCGGACUGACAGCAGCAUGGACCAAUCAGAAAAAGAAGAAGAGGAGGUGUAUCUGUAGAGUCCUUAUGUCAAGGUCUCAUUUCCUCUUUACUUUUUUUGUUUUAAUGUCAAAGAGGAAACCAAUCAGCCCACAGAGCAGGUCAAAAUAAAGGAAUCCACAUUUUCCAGUCUUAUGUUGAGUUGUCUUCUUUUCAGUUAUUUUAUGCCAUUUUAAAAUAUGCAUUUGCAUUUUUAAGCACUUAGUGUGCCUCGCACACUGCCACUUCCAUAUUACUGUACAGUAUUAUCAGUAUGCAGCAAUGCCA